AUGGCCCUGAUUUCAUUGGCUUUGCGAUCGAAUUUGUGGUUUCUGAUUCUUACAGAUGCCUCAAUAUUAGUUGUCGUGUCUUUUACACUAGUUUAUAAUUGGGCUUAUUUUAUGGUUGAACCAUCAUAUGGAGGAAGUAAUGGCUGUUCACCAAA